CUCUAUGAGGAGAGAGAGGAUGGAGCUGUUCACCAUCAGAGAGCAGCAUCUCCAGAAUCCAGCUAUGUGUCUAUGAAGAGUAACAACUCCAUGAUUAAACCCCCUGAUCUCAGUGAUGGAGCAGUGACCUCUGACCCUGUACAGAGAAACACAUUUGUACCUCCAGAAUUCAGCUGUGUGUCUUUGAAGAGUAACAAAUCCAUGGGUGAACCCCCUGAACUCAGUGAUGGAGUGAUCAGGAGAGAUCAUAUCCAGUGUUGAAGACAAUAAGACAAUUAUAUUAAUAUUAACAGCUGACAGGACUAAACACGUAUCAUCUGAAUUAUUCUAUCUUUUAUAUGCCGUUUUAUUGCUCAACUGGACAUGUCAACGGACAUGAUACAACAAGAUGGCUGCCUCGAAACACCAAAGGAAGAAAGAGAGGGAGAGAUACAUCACAUGAUGAAACAGACUAUGAAGAUGCUGACAAAACACUGGCCCAGAGAAUCAAACUUCUAGAAUAUCAAGAAGAGUCCAUGGGUAACAGCUCCAUGUUUGAUCCCUCUAAUCUCAGUGCUGACUCAGUGAACAGAAAACAUUCACCCUUCUUUCAAAGUGACCGCAUUGAUACCUGGGAUCUCAUUACUGACGCAGUGAACAGUGUGGAGAGAGCUGAUCUGAACAGAUCUUUGAUGUCCGAUCGGACAGAAGCAGUGGAUGAUGUCCUACAGAGACUCAAAGACACUCACAAAACCAUCAUGAAGAACAAGUAUGAGAGUUUAUUUGAGGGAAUCAAACUACAAGAGAAUCAAACCCUCCUGAACAGGAUUUACACACAGCUCUACAUCAUCGAGGGAGAGAGUGAAGGAGUGAAUGAAGAACAUGAGGUUUUACAGAUGGAGAAAAGUUACAGGACACUCCAAGACACUCCAAUCAACUGCAAUGACAUCUUUAAACCUUUAACUGAACCAGGAUGUGAGGAGAAGAGAAGAGAAAACAUCAAGACUGUUCUCACUAAAGGCAUCGCUGGAAUUGUAAAAACAGUCUCUGUGCAGAAGUUCAUUGUGGACUGGGCCGAGGGAAAAGCCAAUCAAGAUGUAGAUUUCAUGUUUGUGCUUCCAUUUCGAGAGCUGAACUUGAUUAAAGACCACCAGUACAGUCUUCACAAACUUCUGCUGGACUUUCAUCCUGACCUUCAUGAACUGGACUCAAAGAUUUAUGAUGAGUGUAAAGUUGUGUUCAUCUUUGAUGGUCUGGAUGAAAGCAGAAUUAAACUUACUUUCUCAAAGAUUAAGAAAGUUUCUGAUGUGACGAAGAUUUCAUCUGUGGGUGUGUUGAUGUCAAACCUCAUCAAUGGAGAUCUGCUUCCCUCCGCUCUCAUCUGGAUCACCUCCAGACCAGCAGCAGCCAAUCAGAUCCCCUCCAGAUACAUCAAACGUGUGACCGAAAUCCAGGGAUUCAAUGACCCUCAGAAGGAGGAAUAUUUCAGGAAGAGAAUCAGUGAUGAGCAUCAAGCCAGCAGAAUCAUCUCACACAUUAGAAGAGCAAGAAGCCUCCACAUCAUGUGCCACAUACCAGUCUUCUGUUGGAUCUCAUCCACUGUGCUUCAAAACAUCCUGAAACAAGACGAAAGUGCAGAAAUCCCUCAAACUCUGACUGAAAUGUACAUCCACUUCCUGCUCAUUCAGAUCAAAAUGAGGAAUGAGAAGUAUGAAGAGAGAGAUCCAGAGAAAGUGAUUGUGAAACUUGCUGAACUGGCUUUCAAACAACUGAUGAAGGGCAAUGUCAUGUUCUAUGAGGAGGACCUGAUUGAGAGCGGCAUAGACGUCACUGACGCCUCAGUGUAUUCUGGGAUCUGCACUGAAAUCUUUAAGGAGGAAUCUGUGAUUCAUCAGAGGAAAGUCUACAGCUUCAUUCAUCUGAGCUUUCAGGAGUUUUUUGCAGCACUUUAUGUGUUUUUCUGUUAUUUACACAAGAACUGUGAGGUUCUGAAAAUGUUUCUGAGUGGAAAACACAGAACUCGAUGUAAGGAUGUUCCUCUGGAUGUGUUUCUGAAGGAAGUAGUGAAUGAAGCCCUGAAGAGUAAAACUGGACAUCUGGAUCUUUUCCUUCGAUUCCUUCAUGGCAUCUCACUGGAGUCCAAUCAGAGACUCUUACAGGAUCUACUGAAACACACAGAGAACAAUCCAGAGAUCAUGAAGAAAAUAAUCCAAAACCUCAAACGAGGUCAAAAACAAAACGUCAGUCCUGAAAGAUGGAUGAAUCUCUCACACUGCUUGAUUGAAAUGAAAGAUCAUUCUGUUGUUGAGGAAAUGCAGGUCUUUUUAAAAUCUAAAACAAAGAAAAAUCUUUCUCCUGUACAAUGUUCAACUUUGGCCAACAUGAUCCUGAUGUCAGAGGAGGUGUUGGAUGAGUUUGACCUCAACAAAUACAAAAUAAAAACAAGAGAGGGUCGACAGAGACUCGUACCAGCUGUGAGGAACUGCAGAAAAGCUCUUAUGUCCGGCUGUAAUUUGACGGUUCAGCACUGUGAAAUUGUGUCAUCAGCUCUACAAUCAUCAAACUCUCCUCUGAGAGAGCUGGACCUGAGUAACAAUGACCUGCAGGAUUCAGGAGUGAAGCUGAUCUCUGAUGCACUGAAGAGUACAAACUGUAAACUAGAGAUAUUGAGAUUGUCCGCCUGUAAUCUCACUGAUCAAUGUUGUGAAAGUCUGGUGUCAGCUCUACAAUCAUCAAACUGUCCUCCGAGAGAGCUGGACCUGAGUAACAAUCGACUGGAGGAUUCAGGAGUGAAUCUGAUCUCUGAUGCACUGAAGAGUACAAACUGUAAACUUGAGAUACUGAGAUUGUGCGGCUGUAAUCUCACUGAUCAAUGUUGUGAAAGUCUGGUGUCAGCUCUACAAUCAUCAAACUCUCCUCUGAGAGAGCUGGACCUAAGUAACAAUCGACUGGAGGAUUCAGGAGUGAAUCUGAUCUCUGAUGCACUGAAGAGUACAAACUGUAAACUUGAGAUACUGAGAUUGUGCAGCUGUAAUCUCACUGAUCAAUGUUGUGAAAGUCUGGCGUCAGCUCUACAAUCAUCAAACUCUCCUCUGAGAGAGCUGGACCUGAGUAACAAUGACCUGCAGGAUUCAGGAGUGAAGCUGAUCUCUGAUGCACUGAAGAGUACAAACUGUCAUCUGGAGAUACUGAGAUUAUCUCGCUGUAUGGUGACCGAGGUUGGCUGUUGUUAUGUUGCUUCAGCUCUGAUUUCAAACCCUUCACACCUUAAAGAGCUGGAUGUAAGCUGCAAUCACCCAGGAGAAGCAGGAGUCAAUCUGCUCACUGAGAGACUCAAUGAUCCACACUGCACACUGGACAAACUCAAUGUGAAUCACGGAGCAGAGAUCAGAAUUACACCUGGACCACAAAAAUAUUUCUGUGAUCUCACACUGGAUCCAAAUACAGCACACACUAAACUCUCUCUGUCUGAGGGGAACAGGAAGGCGACACUUGUGAGAGAGAGUCAGUCAUAUCCGGAUCAUCCAGAGAGAUUUAAUAAGCUUCAUCAGGUUCUGUGUAGAGAGAGUCUGACUGGACGCUGUUACUGGGAGUCUGAAUGGAGCGGUGACGGUGUUGAUAUAUCAGUGACAUAUAAAGGAAUCAAGAGGAAAGGAUUUAGUGAAAGUUGGUUUGGAUAUAAUAAAAUCUCCUGGAGUCUGAUCUGCUCUAAUAACAGUUUCAGUGUCAGACACAAUAAUAACAGCACAUACAUACGAGUCCCUUCAGUCGACUCUAAGAGAAUAGGAGUGUAUCUGGACUGGACGUCCGGCACUCUGUCCUUCUACAGCGUCUCUGACACACACACACUCACACACAUACACACAUUCAACACCACAUUCACUGAACCGCUCUAUGCUGGAUUUAAAGUUUAUAAUGAUUCCUCAGUGACUCUGUGUCACAUUAAACAACCGUCUGUGUGAGAAACAACAGAGAACACACACACACAUAAACACACAUACUUAUACACAAACGCAUAAACACACACACACAUAAACACACACACACACAUGUGACUUAUAGAAAUAUGAUGACGUUAACUCACUCAAACUGUAUUUAAUCACAACUGUAACAUAUUUCCUGGUGUAUUUAGUUUGUGGUGUGUGUGAAUGAUUUGUAUCACACAUCUUAAUAUCAGAAACAUUAUUCCCAUGGAUUUAUUUCCUAUUAUCAGGAUGUGGAUCAUGUCCUGGACUGAAUAAGACAGUUGGGAAUGAUUAUUUCUGUGGGCUGUUCAGAAUCAGAUGUAUUCAUAUAAAUGAUGUGUUUUAAUAUAAAACAGUAUUUCCAUCCGUGUAAAUAGUUUCAUUCAUCAUACUUGAAAUAAAUCAAUGUUGAGAUGUUAAAUGACAAUAUAUAUGUGUUAGCUGUAACUGUGACUUUAUACUUGCACACAAUUAAAACACUGAAGUGAAUCUCUUUCUGUGUUUCUUACACAAGUGUUCACAAUUACUGGAAUUACUCUGUCAUCAUUUACUCACCCUCAUGUGGUUCCAAACCCUUACCACUGACUUCACUCUUUUAAUACAAUGGCAGCUGAUAGUGACUCAUUUUAAAGCUUCAAAAGGACCCAAAAGUGUUAUAAAAGUAGUGCAUGUAACAUGCUCCAAGUCUUCUGAAGUCAUACGACGGUUUUGAUGAGAAACAAGCUGCAAUUGAAGUUAUUUUACAGUCAAAAGUGAAAGUGAAAGCACUCAUGAACAUGCAAAUGAGAGCGAUGACAGAAGUGAAGAUUUUUCUAUUAUUGAACAACAAUAAAUUGAAGGAAAAAGAAGUGAACACUUGUGCAACAUUUAACAGUAAUCACGUAAGAACACAAAACAAAAUACAGACACACAAAUCCAACAAAACAGAAAAAUUAAUAAAUAUAUCAAUAAAUUAAAAUAAAUAACUUAUGCAUACAGAGGAAAACAUUACACAUCAUCAGUAAGUAUUACAAAAACAUUUCUCAAAGUGUUUCAUGAAUUUGUUGCUUUUCUUGUUAUUAGUAAAUUGAAGAGAUUUGAGAAAUAAAAACAUUUCUAUUAAACGUGAGAGAGUCGGCUGCGAGAUGUCAACAUCUGUAUAUUUGGACAUGGUGAGAUUCACAGGAUAUAUUUAAUGCAAAAUAUGAUGUCUUUGCUGUUAUUGGGGAUGCAGUACUUGUGAGGUAGCAAACAUGCUUUUUUUUUAUGUUGUCAUUUCCUUUAGAUGAAUACAUUCAUUUUACAUACAAAGUAAAAUAUUUUUAUUUAACUCCUAUAAAUGAGUAUAAAACUCAACAGAUAAUCAUGGAUACCUGGAGAUUUCCCUCUUCAUAGAAUAAAGAUCUGUACGAAUUUCAUCAAUUGUCAAACUACAAUCACAGAAAGCUUUGAAGUCGUCAUCAACAACAGGAACAUGACUUUGAAUCUUAAUGAAAUCCUCACAAUUAUGUUUAGCAAACACAGAUGUAUAAAGAUUCUUAUAAAAUUGGAUAUUAAUUUAGGGUCAUGACAUCAUUAAUGUUAAGAGCAGUCAAGGAAUUUCUUUUACAGUUUUCUCCAAAGCCCAAAAAAUAACUAGAAUUUGUCUCUCCUUCCUCAAUUUAGCCCCAAUCUAACAAAGCCGCCUCUAGCAAUCUAAAUAAGCUUGAUUAAUUUGUAAAUGUAACUCCCUUAAUUCAGCUCUUCUUCUUGAGACAUCUUUCAUAGCAAUAAUGCAUUUAUUCUUUUUAAUAGUUCAGUUAUUUUAUUUUGAGAUAUUUUAAAGUCUUAAUUGCAAUUUGUCUGGACCUGUAUUUAAAAAACGAAUUUCUCUCUAUACCUGUAAUGCUUAAUGUGUGUGUUCAGGUAUUUCAUAUCUUUUAUUUUGAAAAGUUUAUUUCCUGUUCAUGUAAUUCCUGUUUCCCUCCAUGUUCAUGUGUCUUGUGUUCAUUGGUUUAUUGUUUAAUUAUCUUGUCUUUUCAUU